UGUACUUCCUGUUUCCGCUGCGGACAAAACCAUGGUCUGUUACAUCUGCUGCUUUAAAGCUUCGUCGACUUAUCAAUUGCGUUGGAUCUGGAGGUCAUCCAAUUGAUGAAAGUUUCAUCUCAGGGCUGGAAAGUAAAUCAGCAGAAUCUGAUAGACAGGGACACGACAAUCAGACUUCCAUAGAAGAAUUACAGGGCAGAAAGCAUUCUGAGCUGAAAAUGGUUGUGAAUGGAACACUUCUGAAAUUAAAUUCUGGAGCUAGAAGUUCAUACUACAUAUCUGGUACACAUAUUGACAUUGAAAUGGGUUGAUACUUGCAUUUUAGCAAGGAAACAACUUUACUUUUUCCUUGAACACAUCAAGAUCUAGAUAUAAGGAUGGACUGUAACAAUAUGGACACUCAUCAGUCUCCUGAAGGACAUGCUGGGGAAGAUCCCAUCACUCAUACAAUGGAUCAGUGUACUCGUUCAGACAUAGAUCAACAGGAGUUUACAAAGAGUUGCACUCAAGACAUCAGUAAAACAAUCACUAACCCUAAAAAGGAAAAGAUACUGAGGCUGAGCCCAACGUCAGCAGAAUGUCCCCCAUUAAACACAUCAAGCUCGGUGGGGGCAUCUACCAGAGUAAGUAGUACACAACAUUUCAGUGACAGUCAUUUAGUUGGGAAUAUCAUUCCAAAUCACCACAGCCAUCCUUUCGUAAAACUUGAACCUCUUGAUUUAGAAAGUUUGGGGAAAGCAUCAUCAGAUGGAAAGAGAACAUCGAACGAUCCUUCUUGGGACCAAGAACAAUCUGCGACCUGUGAAAGAACUGAAUUCGGAUUGUUGGACAUGGAACUAAGAGAAUGCGACCAGAGGAAAGUCUUACUCAAAACGGACAUGGAAGAAGAGAACCUUGAUGAUAAUGGACAAAGUUGUGAAAAUGAGGUAGAAAAAGACAAAGCUGAAUCCAAGUGUGAUGAAUGUGCAACACUUACCAGUUUGGACAGAGAAAACAACACCAAUUGUGGCAAAUGCGGGCGAAGCUUUGCAAGCAAGACCAAUAAACAGACACAAGAGCGAUACAAAUGUGACCAGUGUGGUAAAACGUUUUCUCAAUUCCAUGAAAUGCAAAAACAUUUGGAUAUUCAUACACAACAUCUACAAGGCUCUCAAAUUGGCAAGUUCAGUUGUGAACUUUGUAAUAAGGACUACAAGUCCCGUGAUGGUCUAAGAGUUCAUAUGAAAGUCCAUCAAAAGUCAAACAAAUGUAGGAUCUGUGGCCGCUGUUUUCCAGUGAGGUCUUAUUUAUGGAAACAUAUGCAAAUUCACAAUCGAUCAGAAUCAAUUCGCAAAUGUCAGCCUUGUAAUAAGACAUUCAAAACGGAAUACUUACUCCAAAAGCAUACAACUAAUUUUCAUGUGAUGCACUCGUGUGACAUCUGUGGACAAAAUUUCCAGGGGAAUGUGUCGCUGGUUUACCAUAAACGCGCUCAUGAGCAUGAGAAUAAGUCACAUGACUUCUGUUGUGAUACGUGUGGAGAAAAAUACAAAACAUUUGACAGCUUUCGACCACAUCUUGAGAUUCAUAAAGACGAGGACAGGCCCUACAGAUGUGACAUUUGUGGGAGAUCAUUCAUCGAACUUGAGCAUUUGAGGAGGCAUUUGAAAGAGCAAAACACUCAUACAGAUGGAGAUAUACAGGAAGAGUUCAAAUUUUCUUGUGAUGUAUGUGGAAGAGGCUUUAAACAGAGUCACAACUUUGAAAAACACAUGAAUGUUCACACGAAGAACAAACAGUUUAGUUGCAGUAUCUGCAGUAGAAGUUUCACUCAUCAAAAUUAUUUGGAUAAACAUUUUGAAAGUCACAGCAAUAUUACUCCAGAACAUCAGUGUGAGAAAUGUGAUGCAAUGUUCCUUACAAAGAACAGUCUGAGUAAUCACCAAAAUUAUGUACAUACAAUGAAACCAUGUAAUAUUUGUGGUGAAACAUUUCCAAAAGGUAAACUGAAACAUCAUAGAGCUACACACGAGGAAAAACAGAAAUGUGACGUGUGUGGCAAAUAUUAUUCUGGAGUUGAAGCCAUCAGGAGGCAUCAGCAAUAUCAUGCAAGGAAUACCUUGAUUAAGAAGUUUGUUUGUGAGGUUUGUGGUAAGAAAUUCGUGUCACAGGAAGGUCUACAAAAGCACUCCAGACUCCACGAAAAGUCAAUUAAAUGUAACAUAUGUGGUCGCUGUUAUUUAACUAGGGGCUCCUUAAAGUAUCAUAUGACAACUCACAAAAGAUCAGAAACCUCUGGGAAAUGUAAAGUCUGUGAUAAGACAUUCAAAACAGAAUAUUCACUCCAAAAGCAUACAACUAAGUUUCAUGUGAUGCAAUCGUGCAACAUCUGUGGACAACAUUUCCAAGGGAAAGUGUCGCUGGUUUACCAUAAACGUGCUCAUGAGCAUGAGAAUAAGUCACAUGACUUCUGUUGUGAUACGUGUGGAGAAAAAUACAAAACAUUUGACAGCUUUCGAACACAUCUUGAGAUUCAUAAAGACGAGGACAGGCCCUACAGAUGUGACAUUUGUGGGAGAUCAUUCAUCGAACUUGAGCAUUUGAGGAGGCAUUUGAAAGAGCGGAACACUCAUACAGAUGGAGAUAUACAGGAAGAAUUAAAAUUUUCUUGUGAUGUAUGUGGAAGUAGCUUUAAACAAAGUCACAACUUUGAAAAACACAUGAAUGUUCACACGAAGAACAAACAGUUAAGUUGCAGUAUCUGCAGUAGAAGUUUCACUCACCAAAGUUCUUUAGAUAAACAUUUUGAAAGUCACAGCAAUAUUACUCCAGAACAUCAGUGUGAGAAAUGUGAUGCAAUGUUCCUUACAAAGAACAGUCUGAGUAAACACCUAAAUUAUGAACAUACAAUGAAACCAUGUAAUAUUUGUGGUGAAACAUUUCCAAAAGGUAAACUGAAACAUCAUAGAGCUACACACGAGGAAAAACAGAAAUGUGACGUGUGUGGCAAAUAUUAUUCUGGAGUUGAAGCCAUCAGGAGGCAUCAGCAAUAUCACGCAAGGAAUACCUUGAUUAAAAAGUUUGUUUGUGAGGUUUGUGGUAGGAAGUACGCGUCACAGGAAGGUCUACAAAAGCACUCCAGAAUCCACGACAAGUCAAUUAAAUGUAACAUAUGUGGUCGCUGUUUUCCAGUGAGGAGCUCCUUAAAGUAUCACAUGAGAAUUCAUAAUCGAUCAGAAUCUGUUGGGAAAUGUGAGCUCUGUGAUAAGACAUUCAAAACGGAAUAUUCACUCCAAAAGCAUACAACUAAGUUUCAUGUGAUGCAAUUGUGUGACAUCUGUGGACAAAAUUUCCAGGGGAAGGUGUCGCUGGUUUACCAUAAACGCGCUCAUGAGCACGAAAAUAAGUCACACGACUUCUGUUGUGAUACGUGUGGAGAAAAAUACAAAACAUUUGACAGCUUUCGAACACAUCUUGAGAUUCAUAAAGACGAGGACAGGCCCUACAGAUGUGACAUUUGUGGGAGAUCAUUCAUCGAACUUGAGCAUUUGAGGAGGCAUUUGAAAGAGCGGAACACUCAUACAGAUGGAGAUAUACAGGAAGAAUUAAAAUUUUCUUGUGAUGUAUGUGGAAAAAGCUUUAAACAAAGUCACAACUUUGAAAAACACAUGAAUGUUCACACGAAGAACAAACAGUUAAGUUGCAGUAUCUGCAGUAGAAGUUUCACUCACCAAAGUUCUUUAGAUAAACAUUUUGAAAGUCACAGCAAUAUUACUCCAGAACAUCAGUGUGAGAAAUGUGAUGCAAUGUUCCUUACAAAGAACAGUCUGAGUAAUCACCAAAAUUAUGUACAUACAAUGAAACCAUGUAAUAUUUGUGGUGAAACAUUUCCAAAAGGUAAACUGAAACAUCAUAGAGCUACACACGAGGAAAAACAGAAAUGUGACGUGUGUGGCAAAUAUUAUUCUGGAGUUGAAGCCAUCAGACGGCAUAUGCAACAUCAUGCAAGGAAUGCCUUAAUCAACAAGUUUGUUUGUGAGGUUUGUGGUAAGAAAUACGCCUCAAUGAAAGGUCUACAAAACCAUUCCAGAAUCCACGAAAAGUCAAUUAAAUGUAACAUUUGUGGUCGCUGUUUUCCAGUUAGGAGCUCCUUAAAGUAUCACAUGAGAAUUCACAAUCGAUCUGUGGGGAAAUGUAAGCCUUGUAAUAAGACAUUCAAAACGGAAUACUUACUCCAAAAGCAUACGACUAAUUUUCAUGUGAUGCACUCGUGUGACAUCUGUGGACAAAAUUUUCAAGGGAAAGUGUUGCUGGUUUACCAUAAACGCGCUCAUGAGCAUGAGAAUAAGUCACAUGACUUCUGUUGUGAUACGUGUGGAGAAAAAUACAAAACAUUUGACAGCUUUCAUACACAUCUUGAGAUUCAUAAGAACCAGGACAGUCCAUACAGAUGUGACAUUUGUGGGAGAACAUUCAGAGGAUUUGUCUCUUUGAGGAGUCAUAUGAAAAUGCAGAAUGCUCAUGCAGAUAAAGAUAUACAGGAAGGAUUAAAAUUUUCUUGUGAUGUGUGCGGAAAAAGCUUUAGAGAAAGCCAGAUGCUUGAAAAACACGUGAAAUUUCACGUUAUGAAAAAAAGACAGUUUAGUUGCAGUAUCUGCACUCGAAGUUUUGCUCGACAAAGUACUUUAGAUAAACAUUAUAAAAAGCACAGCACAGAGACUAAAGGACAUCAGUGUGAGAAAUGUGAUGCAGUAUUACUUACAGAUUUCAGUCUGAAAAAGCAUUUAGAUUUUGUACAUACAAUAGAAACAUGUAAUAUUUGUGGUGAAGAGGUUUCAAAAGGUAAACUUAAAUAUCACAGGACUAAACACGAAGAAAAAAAGGAAUGUGACGUGUGUGGCAAAUAUUAUUUUGGAGUUGAAGGAAUUAGAAGACAUAUGCAAUAUCAUGCAAGACUUUUAAGCGGGAUAAAGAAGUUCAGUUGCGAAGUUUGUGGUAAACAAUACCACUUACAGCAGGGCCUUAGAGAACACAUGAGGUUCCACCAGAAAUCUAUCAAAUGCAACAUUUGUGGGCGUUGUUUUGCACAUAAAGGGUCUUUACAGAAGCACAUGAUAAUUCACACCAGACCAGCAUCGAUUGGAAAAUGUGAAACUUGUGGCAGGACCUUCCAAACAGAAGGUGUUCUUCAAAGACAUAUCAAGAGUUUCCAUGUCACUAAAUCGUGUGAGAUUUGUGGUUUGAAGUUUAAAGAAAAACCACAGAAACAUAUUGAUAGGCACCAUACUUCACAUGUGUGUGAUAUUUGUGGCAUUAAAAUUGAUGGAAAGUUAUUAUUAGAGUGCCAUAAGCUCACUCACAUCUAUGAAAAGGGUUCAUUUGACUUUCAGUGUUACGAAUGUGAAAAAAGUUACAAAACUUCUGACAAGCUACGUAAACACGUGGACAUCCAUACGAAAAACGAAGAAGGGUCUUGUCGUUUCGGAUGCGAGAUAUGUGGGAAAAGGUUUGCUUCAUUGUAUAAUUUAUCGUCUCAUGUAAAUAACCACAGGAAAGAAAUUGGCCAUUAUUGCAAAAUUUGUGGCAAGAGCUUUAAAGAAGCUGAUGAAGAGCACAAAUGUCCGUCUGAAAAGAUUGCAAAAUAUAUAUGUGAAGUGUGUGGGCGCUUUUUCCGGCAUCAAUUUGGUUUAAACAGGCACAAGGAAGUACAUGGCAGUGUUAACUUCAAAUGCGAACAAUGCAAUUGGAUGUUUUUGACAGAAAAAAAACUUCAGACCCAUAUAGACAAAGUUCAUAAGCUAGCACCUUGUGAUAUUUGUGGUCAAGAAUUGACCUACCAGGAAAUGCCUCUUCACAAAAGAAAAAUGCACGCCCAAGACUACAUUUGUGAUAUAUGUGGACAUAAAUGUUCAGGUCUGUCAAAGCUGAAAACACAUUUAGAAACCCAUUCGACAAAAAAAGCAAAAUCUUUUUGCUGUGAUAUUUGUUGUAAAACCCUCAAUACUGCGACAGGACUACAAAUUCACAAGGCUAUUCAUACUGGAGCUAAGAAAAAUAAAAAGACAUUGAUCUGUGAUAUAUGUGGAAAAGGUUUUGCAGAAAGAAAAACUUUGUUUAAUCACACGCUCACACACAAACCUAGAUCACUUCAGUGCAAUAAAUGUUGUAAAAUGUUUGCGACUAGAAAUUCACUACUCAACCAUGUGAAAUGCAGGAGAGAGUGUCAAACUUGUGGAAAGAUAUUUGUUGAUACACGAUUAUUUAAACAACAUGUUGAGCUUCAUGAUGGUGCUGAGGAGGUGGAUGGAAAGGUAUCCUUCAAUCAAAGCCCUUGCUCUGAAAGAUCCAGUCCGAGGACAGGUCGCAGUACUGGUCGUUCAGGCAAAAUGCACAGGCAGAGAGGUCCUGGAAAAAAAAUCACAGAUUAUCCUUACAAAUGUAGAAUGUGUAGAAGAAGUUUUCAGAGUAAGAUCAACAUGGAAAAUCAUACGACAAGGCACCAUAACAAAUUAAAUGUAAAACAGUUCGAGUGCGAGAUGUGUUUUAAAAUAUUUACAUCAAAAAUUGCAUUGAAGGCUCAUGAUAGAGUUGUGCAUGCUAAACAAAGUUUUGAUGUCAGUGGGACAAAAUACACAGCUACAGAUCUGAAGAAACCUACAAGCACUCACAAAGAGCAAGAAAAGAGCCAUGUUUCCAGUAGAGAAAGCGAGGAAUCAAUUGAUAAUGAAAUUAGUAUUGAUGACAAGGAAGUCAAGAGGCCUGAAGGUCAAAGAGGACACAUGCGUGAGUCGAAGGUUCCUUUCCUGACACCUAGGGUAAUCAGUGAAGAUUCAAUGCUGCUGUCUAAAAGGGAGACAAUGGAUUUACCUCCAGAAAAACAAAAAGCAAUCAACGAUGAUAAGAACUUCCUUAGCAUGGUCAUUCGAAAAUCUGUUGAUGACCUCGAUGUCCAUACGCUCAAGCGUGGACAAUAUUUGAUGGUUGUCACAAAGAUUAAAGAACUUGUUUUGAACAAGAAUCUUGAUGAAGGCAAGAUUAAAAAAAGGGUGUCCAACUACAUUUGCUACAAACACAAGGAAGAGAAGAAAACGAGACUGGGCUAAAGAGCUAAACAACUGUCUUACAUUUGCUACAAACACAAGGAAGAGAAGAAAACGAAACUGGGCUAGAGAGCUAAACAACCGUCUUUGACAGAAUUUGAUAUUCCGUAUUUUCUAAAAUACUUAGAGGUUGGCAAUUUCAUUUGCUUUCAUAUUUUAAACUUCUAAGGUGUUUGUUAAAUUGACAUUUUGGCCUUCUUUGUCUCAUCAAUGUUUCACAGACACGAACUAGGGGUUGGAUAAAGGCCCUUUGCCAAAAUGUCAAUACCGGUAGUCACAUCCUUGAUGUUUUCUAAAGUGGUUACUUAGUCCCUGCCUAUAUUUAACAUGUAGUGGAAUGAGUCAGUCAUGUUGUUAUUCAAAUUUGUACUUUUAUAUUUUUCCUAUUAAGACCACAGGAAGUGUAUGAGUUCAUUUGAACUGACCACGUUAGUUAUAAAGAGUGUUUAGCUUUUGAGGUCAUCCGAAGCAUGUAUGGGUUUCUAAGGGAUGUUAUCUAUUAUCCUAUGCAUUUAGGUUGACAAAUAUAAUUGUUUUCUCUUGGCAAUUAAAUGAAUGGGCCAUGUUUUACCAGAUUGUACAUAAUCAGGUGAAGAACCAAGUCUCUUGGACCUUUUGUUAUCAAUAUGAUGCACAUUGAAAGGCUAGAACAGAUUAUUUGUUUUACUUACCAGAUGACAAUUUUUUAGGUGAUAAAUACAAUCUGUUGUUCAAAGGCAGUUAUUGUGUUUUGAUAAAAUUAUGAUAUUGUAAUAGUUUCAAGUAUAAGAUUAUAAAGUUUAUGUGUUUGUCUAUUGAAUCAUUUUAAAUGUAUGAGGUGCUUGGGAGUUUUAAUAUUUUAUUUUAUUUUUUAAUAGUGUUUAGAUUUUACCUCCUAUUGACAUAAAUGUAUGUGUAUAGUAUGCAUGCAUUUUGAAGGCCCUAUGUGUUAUAUGUUCAUUAUUUUGUAUGUUUCAAUUUUAUUUCUUGCCGUGUAACAUUCCAUGUGGAGAAAUGGGUAUGGCAUUUGGUUGUAAGUAUCUUAUAAAUAUAUAUGUAUCGGGGCACAUCUGUAUAAUUGUCUGCAGCUUCAGGCCGCCUUUAUUACAUUUACUGAUUGUUUUCUAGGGAAUUUAACUUGACAGUAUCUGUAACAAAAAAGGACCAUGACCUACAACUGAUACAUUGUGGCUAUAAUGUAAAUAAGUUUUUAUUGACUUCUUAUAAGUCAGAUGUAGAAUUCUAUUGAUCUGAUGCAAGGGAUGGGAUGUCUGGAAGGAUAUCAAUUUUAUUUUGACCAAUAAGAAGAAUUAAACUACGGUAAACCUUCGGUCAGUUCGAACAAAAUUAAAUAAAUAUUGAUGAACCUGUUCGGAUUAUACAAAAUUAUGCUUCAGAAAAUAAGCGUGAGUUCUAACUAUCGGCAAAAAUUUCGGCAAAGUGCAAAUCAAGUCACAAACAUAUACCCGACAUAUUUUCUUCGCCGGAGUAUACCUCUAUAUAUCCAAUGUAAGGUGAUACGUAACAACGACGGCCUGGCAUAGAACAAUGGCACAUUUAUAAAUGGGUAAAAUGAUAGUAUAUUAUUUAAUUCAAUGUUAAUUGAUCAUUAAACUUUCUUCAUUUCGUGAUUAUUAUGAUCGUUAUUGCGAAGCAGAGGCCCUUGUGUUGGCCCCGAAACAGUAUACGUUUCAUUUGUGACACAAAAGUUGAGACUACCUAGCUUGUAUCAGAGACCUAAAUAUUGAGUCUCUGCGUGGUUAGGUUUUAUUUGAAUCAGAAACUAUUAUAUAUAUUAUUGGUAAUGAAUGGUCCGUUUAAUAAAUUGAAAACAUAGUCUACAUAACCUGUUGUGUUUACAAAGCGUUACUGUACAGUAAAUAUAGGUCUAUAUGUUAGUAAAAUUAGGUCAGAACAUCAACAUGUCUGCUUUAAAUUAUAAGUGAUAUAGUCCUAAUACCUACCAAACUUAUUUGACACCUUCAAAAUUACCCAUCGCUAAUUGGGACACCUGUGGAUAUGUUUGGACUUUGACAUGAAUGCUAAUCACGUCACGCACCAUGGCUGGGCGGCCGAUUCCUACCGCGACAUCGGGUCCUGCCCUACCUGGUGUGAGGCACACGUUUACAGGUAAUACCUUGAUUGGCAAUAAUUAAGGGAUGUCUGGUCGCAAUAAAAUAAUCGUAUUCACUGCAAAGCUGCCAAUUUCCUUUGUAUAUGUAAGUGAAGCAGUGAUUGAAUGAGUGAUUCUUUUGUACAUCACUUAGGUUUGAUCUUAUUUGCACUUAUUUUUCUUGUACCUAAGUGGUUAUUUUUCAUUUUUUAUACAUACUUAUUUUUAUAUAUUCUUACAUUUGUAUGCAUAUGUGCACAUGUAAUUUGUAAUUUUUCGUCCAUUUACUGAUACAAUUUAUUCAAAGGAUGUUACAUAGUGAUGGCCUAAUCAAAACUUUCUGUUUGUAAAUGAUGUCGAAUGGAGAUAACUCAAACAUUCAUGUAAAUCAUAAAAUGGAGACAAUGUUUUACUUCGUAAAAAUAUUUGUAUAAUUUUCUUACACUUGACCAUAUUAUGUAACCAAAUUUAAUCUACUAUCAGCUUUCAUACUGUAUUUAAAUGACUCAAGUAUCAUUUUCAAGGAAAGAGCAUGUGAUUCCCAGUUGUCUUAAUGCCUUGGAGAAUAAUAAAUUAAAACUUUCAAAUCAUGUUAUCCCCACUUGUGUCCUUGUACUGAAUACGAAUAUCAUACAUUUUGUAUGUUUUACAUGCAUAUUUGUUUUAAUGCAAAGUAAAACAAAAUGCAUUUAAUUUAUAUAUGAUCAAGAAUACUAAACAGGAACCCAUCUUUUACAAUAUGAAUAAAUGUUCUACAGUGAAUAUGCGUA